GAAAUUUAAGUGGUUAAAGGGAGGCAGACUUUCUCUGUCGCUUCUUAAUAAUAGCUAAUAUCUACAUCAAAUAUUUGUUUUGUAUGCAUUUAUUUUCACUUUCUUCGACAUUUUUUCGGUCAUAUUUUUGUUUAGAAACUCGGUAAGUUCCGCUUACAAAUCUCUUGUAUCUGAAGCUUCCACUUUAACUGUUAUUAUUUUACUUUCUGCUUCUACUUCGAACAACUUUCUGUGAGUUAACCGCAAGUAGAUCUGGUUCAGUGUUGAGUAAAAGCCGCUUUCUAGAUAUUGCAUGCGAAUCUAUUUCUGUUUAUACGGUACGGACUUAAAAUUUUGUCCUUUAAUCAUAUGUAAAUACAUAUGCCAUUCUUCGUUUUUUCAUAAUGCCAUUUUUUUGUUCUUCUCUAGCUUGUGUUCCUGCUCGUCAUUAUUUGAAAGUCAAAAACUUUUUGCCUGAAAUUCUUGUUUUAUUUUCACAAAACAAAGCGGGUCUCUGCUUAAAUGUUGUUGGUAUAUUUGUAAAGGGCUUCGGUAUGUUGCAGAAUUCCUUUUAGUCGAUUUUUUUUUUCUUUUUCUAAUUUUUCAGGGUUUUCAGCUAAUUUUUAAGUCAUUGUAAGUUUCUGCUUUGCACAGAUGAGAAAAUUAUAUAGGAAAUUGGUAUUGAUUAAGAACCCUUUAAUGGGUAUGAGAAAAAAUGGCCAUUCUCACUCAGGGAGGAUGUUCAGUGAUAGAAAAUGGAUUUUUCCAUUUUUUGCAAGCUUACUUAUUUCCAUUACUCUCUUUUUGUCUGCUACUUUUGGGUUUUUAAGCUCUUCUUAUAGCGGAGAUCAGUUGCCAUUUGAUAUCAUUUCAGUUGCAAAAUCAGACGAUUCAAGUGGGUAUUUUGUAGAAUCAGAUUUGAAGAAAUCAUUUGAUCCAAAUGGUGAAAUGAAAAUAGAAGCACCUAGAUUAGCUUAUCUUAUUUCGGGAACAAAGGGAGAUAGUCAUAGAAUGAUGAGGACUUUGCAAGCAGUUUAUCAUCCGACAAAUCAGUAUAUUUUGCAUCUGGAUCUUGAGGCUCCACCCCGCGAAAGAUUAGACUUGACACUUUCUGUGAAGAGCGACCCAAUUUUUUUUGAAGUGGAUAAUGUGCGUGUCAUGGCACAAUCCAAUUUGGUGACAUAUAAGGGUCCUACAAUGAUUGCUUGCACACUCCAAGCAAUUGCAAUUUUGUUAAAGGAGAGCUUGGAAUGGGACUGGUUUAUAAACCUCAGUGCGUCAGACUAUCCUCUUGUGACACAAGAUGAUAUGCUAUAUGUUUUCUCAAACAUGUCUAAAAAUCUAAAUUUUAUUGAACAUACUCAGAUUGCUGGUUGGAAACUAAACCAGAGAGCAAAACCAAUCAUUGUUGAUCCAGGCCUUUACCUGUCAAAGAAAUCUGAUAUUGCAUGGACCACUCAACGGCGAUCGCUUCCUACGGCUUUCAAGUUGUUCACAGGUUCAGCAUGGGUAAUGCUCACUCGGACAUUUCUUGAGUACUGCAUACAGGGAUGGGAUAACCUUCCUCGAACUCUUCUAAUGUACUAUACGAAUUUUAUCUCAUCUCCAGAAGGGUAUUUUCAGACGGUUAUCUGCAACACGGAAGAAUUCCAUAACACAGCAAUAGGCCAUGAUCUUCACUAUAUUGCCUGGGACAGUCCUCCCAAGCAGCACCCUAUCUCUCUGUCAAUGAAAGACUUUGAUAAAAUGGUUAAAAGCAAUGCUCCAUUUGCUCGCAAAUUUGCCAAAGAUGAUCCUGUCUUGGACAAAAUUGAUAAAGAACUUCUAGGCCGCACAAGCCGUUUUGCACGUGGUGCUUGGUGUAUUGGGAGCUCAGAUGGUGGAGCUGACCCAUGCUCUGUGCGCGGUAAUUAUUCUGUAUUUAGACCCGGCCCUGGUGCUGAGAGACUGCAAGAGCUGCUUCAGACAUUGUUGUCUAAAGAGUUUCGAAAAAAGCAAUGUUCAUGAUCAAAGGUGAGUUUUUCAGAUUUUGAUAACCGGAAGUGUACAUUAGUCAUAGAUCAUAGAGUUUAUGUAAAACAAGCUAAUUUUACCUUAAUAUAGGAAUUGAGCAUUCAAGAUAUAAGCAGUGUUAAUGUCUGUUUUACCGAGGGUUCAAAGAUUGUUUCAGUCUCUGUAAAUUGUUAAGGUAAUUAUUGAAUAAUUAUGACCUGGGUUAUGAAUUGAAUGAAUAUACGAAAUGUUGAAUAA